UAGUGGCUGGGCUUCAUUGCCGGAAAUGACCGUAGUCAUUGAAGUUCCUCAUAGCCUGAACACAAAAUCGACUUGUAGCUUGGCGCGCUAAGGAAGCACUUAAUGAUCUAUGGUGACUUUCUGCAUGGGGAAAUAUGCAAAACCCUGAUGCACAUGAAAACACAGGCUUGCAGUUCCAGCCACCUCUUGAGGAGCAGAAUUAUGGAGCUACUGCAGCACGUGUGAGACAAGGUCCAUCCGUGUCUGUGCCAAGGAACAGUCCAGCAAAGAGAGAUUACCUGGUAGCUGCUGUGCUGUGCUAUGCAAAUUUGAUAAAUUUCAUGGAUUGGUUUAUUGUACCAGGGAUCCUGUUAGAUAUACAGAAAUACUUCGAACUUAGCGAUGGGGAUACAGGUCUGCUGCAAACAGUCUUCAUCUUGUGCUACAUGCUGGCUGCCCCCCUCUUUGGAUACCUCGGUGACCGGUACAAUAGGAAAAUCAUCCUUGGAGCUGGUAUUUUGUUCUGGUCUGGUGUAACAUUAGGCAGUUCAUUCAUCAAUGAAUUGUAUUACUGGAUAUUCUUUCUUUCACGAGGACUAGUUGGGGUCGGCACGGCCAGUUUUUCCACAAUAGCACCUACCAUCAUUGCAGAUCUGUUUGAGGAAGGAAAAAGGACCACGAUGUUAUCUAUCUUCUAUAUCUUCAUUCCAGUGGGAAGUGGUCUCGGUUAUGUCCUGGCAGCCGGCAUGGCAGAGGCCACAGGGGACUGGCACUGGGCAUUCAGGGUAACUCCUUGCAUGGGAGGUCUAGCACUGGUUCUUCUGAUUCUACUGGUCCCUCACAGGACCCAGAGAAGGACAGCCGCACACAGAGCUCUGAGCAUCUCCGGCACAAUACGAGAAGCAGCUGAGAAACCAGGAGUACACAGAGCUGCCAAGACCACUUGGUGUCAAGAUGUCAUAUCACUGGCCAAGAAUUGGAGUUUUGUCUGGUCCUCGCUGGGUCUGACUGCCAUGGCCUUCGUUACUGGAGCCCUGGGAAUGUGGGUUCCGCUGUUUCUUUACAGGGCUCAGGUUGUCCAGGGCAUUGUGUCUCCGUGCCUCCAAGAAUCAUGUAAUUCAUCUAACAGCCUAAUAUUUGGAGGCAUCACCAUUGGAACGGGAAUCUUGGGUGUCAUUGCUGGGGCAGAAGCUGCAAGAAGAUUGAGGAAGAUAAACAAUAAAGCUGAUCCUCUGAUCUGUGCCGCAAGCAUGUUCGUUUCUGCUCUGUGCCUCUACAUAGCUCUGAUGGUGGCCCAGACGAACAUCCUUUCCACUUUUAUUUUUAUUGCCUUUGGAGAACUGUUUUUAUCUGUAAACUGGGCUGUUGUCACAGACAUACUGUUGUAUGUUGUGACACCAAGACGGCAGUCCACAGCUAUUGCCCUGCAGAUUUUGGUGAGCCAUUUGCUGGGAGAUGCAGGCAGCCCAUAUCUCAUCGGGAUUAUCUCCAAUGCCAUCCAGGCCAGGAACGCUCACUCAUUCCAGUGGAGUUUCUGGAGCAUGCAGUACAGCUUCAUCCUCUGUGCUUUUGUUGGGGUCUUCGGAGGAGGGUUUUUCCUCCUGACAUCUUUCUACAUUGAGGAGGAUCGUAAGGAAGCAGAGAAGCAUUGAGGUACCAGAAACAAAUGCUGUCUUUUGAAUGUAGAUGAACUCUGGGGCAAGAUCUGCAAAGAAGAAAAGAAUGUCCUCCCUUUUUUUCUUCCCAUUUUACUUAAUGACAUACAACUAGAGAAAAGGCCAAAUAACGAUUCCUCCAUAUGGCAGAAAAUCCUGCAUACUGACUUUUUUGGAUGCUUUUGACUGUGAGUCAAAAAUUGCUACUGCAUUGGCAUAUGGCAACCCCCCCGUCUGCAAAAGGGGCGCGAGUGUUCUGGGGAAUGGGGAGAUGCCUCCAGCUGCACGCAGAGCUGGCACAGCCACCGCUGCCCACCUGCACGAGACGGGAGCGUUUAAGGCACAAUGUCUCGUGUAGGUUAGGAAGGGAGGGCUAUGAAUUCUCAGCAGGAUAAGAUUUGCCUGUAGAAUUUGGAAAAUGUAAGUAAUACAAAAAGUGUUUUCAGUCGCCUGAAGUGACCAAGAGGAACAGAAACUAUCAAAGUCAGUGUCACAUUCGAGAGCGGAGGGUUGUGAUCAUUUUCUGUGUAAUAUGUUAACAGACUCUCUAUAAUCCUGUGAUGCUCUGCAGAGUAUCCUCAAGAUUUGGGUAAAUAUCUCCUGUCAGAAUUGAACAGUAAUAGCUGUGAAACCACUUAAAUAUAACGAUCCAUUCGAGCUCUUAUCUCCAAAGUGCAUAAGACUUUGAAUGUGGUGUCUAUUGUCAGGAUAUCAUACCAGGUGCCAAACAGGACGUGAUUAGUGUGGCCAACUUUCAUUGUGUGAGGUGGCAUUCCCAGCGGCGCCUUAAAGCCAAAGCCUGCGGAAAAUAUUAGCAAGUGAAUUGUGAAGUAUUACUAAUCUUGCCUGAUUCUCCCAGUAAAUCAUAAGGAUCAUAAAGCACAAUAUUGCUGUAAUGACUGUGAAUAUCUAAUGUCAUUAUAAAUAGCAUAACUCAGCAACUGCAGGUUUUUGUUUCUCUCUCCUUCAUUUUUUAAAAAUCUGUUUUGAAACCUGACUUAAACCCAGGUACUGAAAGUUGGCCAGACCUUGUGCCAUUAUAGGAAAUAAUAGAGAAACUUUUUUGUGUUACUCAUUAAGAGUGUAAUAAUUGCCUUUAAAAUAAAAGUUGGUAUUCUCAAA